CGGCCGCCGGCUCCGAGCGCGGCUCCCCUGCCUGCGGCGCGAUGGGCUGCGGGAAGUCCACCGCCGCCAGCGCGGGAGCCGGCCGAGGCCCUGCAGGAGCAGCCAAAGAUGUAGCAGGAGAAUCGGUAACGGAAGACGACAAGAGCAGAGAUGGAGGGGUGUAUGUUGGUCUGCCAUCUGAAGCUGCCAAUAUGGUAUCCAAUCGAACAAAGUCUGUACGAAACAAUUAGAAGAAAAUGUCAUGACUUAAUAAUCAAGAGCUUGCUCGUUAGAGUCUGGAAGGAAUUCCACUCCAUGGGACACUGUAAUGUGCACAGACAUGUUCAAGGAAAUGCUAAAAGGUCCCCUGCUCUGCCUCCCCAUCUCCCCCUCCCUCCCGCAAAAUUCUUAAGUCUGUAGUUAGAACCAUGGGUACGUUGUGAUACUAGAAAGGAAUUGAUUAAACACUAAGCCGCAUAUGGAACUUUCUGUGGUCGAACUGCAAAAGACAGGCUAACGAGCUGUUGCUGCCCAGCCGGCCUGCUGUGUUCCAGCCACAUUUCACCCUGGCCAUUCAGCAUGGUUCAUGAAGAUCAUGUCUUUUCACUGACACUUUUUUGAUAGUUUUUAUACAACAAAAUCCUUAUUCUAUUUAUACCUUAAGAGGUAGUAAGGCACUGUAAAUGAAUUAUGUACAGUAAUUUAUUUGUUAACUUUCACUAUUUCUACUUCAUAUUAAUUUUUAGCUGUAAGAUUAUUAAAUUGAUUCCUAUUGUUACCUUUUUCCCUUUUACUGUUUGGUUUUCAGCUUUAUUUAAAUAUCAGAGAACUUCCUGGCCAAUGUAUUAACAUUGCAAUAUUUAAAAACAAACUGCUGAAAUUUGCAUGCCAUAUGCACAUCUUGAUUAAUUUCCUAUUUUCUUUAGGGAAAGACUAUUUAACUACAAGUACUUCAUAGCCAUUGAGUCUCCCAUUCUACCUUGGUGUGAUCACAGGAUCUCAUGUUAAUUCUGUAGUAUUUUCAAGGACUUGUGACUGACAGUGGGAUAUUUUGAAGGUUCUUACUUUGAUAAUGACCAUGUGUAUCUACUUACUACUGUAAUGUAAAUCCCUCAAUUUACCAAUGUAUUUCAAUAAUUAAAACAUU